GAGUUGUGGUCAUGUGAUAGUCUAAUCUAAUUGUAAGUGUGCUUCGAUCAGCGUUACCGAAGGAUCAUUUUAUGCGCUAAGAGACAGCUUGAAAACCACCCGUUCUGGCGACUGACCUCAUGCAAUUUUGAGAAUAUGUAUCUGCUUUCUGAAAAACUAGGAGUAAAAGAUUUUAUUUCUGGGAGGGAGCUUUAAUCAGCCGGCGAGAAGCGCACACUUCGCACACUGACAACACGGCGGAAACAACCACUCGGACGAGAAUCCAUUCAUACUCAGGAGCUGAUUGACACCAAACAUAUCGGCGAGCCUUUGCACCAUAUGCUCUUCAGUACACUUUAAAAUCACUUCUACACAAGCUAGAAUGAGCUGCCAGCUUAAGAGGAAAACGGCUGACAUCAGUCACGACACCUGCAGCUCUGAAGAGGAUAAAGGGGGCAACAAAAAAGUUGGAAAAAAAAACGCGAAGAAAAUUAAAAAGUCAAGGAUAGAACAAACUUUUAAAAUUCACUACAGUGAGUUUCUAACAAGUGCUGACAGAAAUGAGCGAAGGAAUUCUUCUGUAAAACUGAAAUUGGAUAUAGAAACAAACGAGGAUGAGAUAAGGAAUUCCCUUAUUUCAGAGUUACCGCAGCUGAGAGGCAAAAACUUUUCGUUUUUCACCAAGGAUAAUGAUGGCAGAUAUUACAGCUGCCCGUGCAAACUCAAAUGCGAUGGAAAGGAUCAUAUUCCAGCAGAGUGGAAUGCAAGAAAUAUUUCCAGGGCGGCAAGAUCGAAUAGAACUGUAUAUAUCUCAAUCGAGAUUGACAACAAGGCGCCUUCCACAAGUGGUUGUAAUGGAGACCCAAUAAAUAGUCACUUGAAUGAGCAAGAGAGGGAUUCUGCCUCCUACUUGCAUCAGAGUGCGAGCUGUCCAAACCUGCCAUCAGCCGGUUCCACUGGGCUAGAGGACAGGACAAUGACACGAUUUGUGGGUCAAAAUAACUCUGAUCUUCGACGGCAGCAAUUAGAAUUAACCCAAUUCCCACAAGCAUGUCCGGUUGAAAGUGACAGACCUGGGGACCGGAACCGAGGCAACGCGGGUGUCCAAGAAUCAUCAUCUGCAUCUUCAAGAGGUUGGGAAACAACCUUACCAAGGCAGGAGAACAGGAAGUUUAAAUCACUUGAAAAUUUAGAUAAAAUUGCUCAACCAGAACAGAUACAAAUAACCCACUUGCAACGGGUUCCUCAUGGGGAAACAACUGAUAGCUUUGGAGAACAAUGCCAAGAGGGGGUGCCCAAGUCAUUAAAUGCGUCUUCAAGUGGUUUUGAGUCAAUCUCAGGAGAGAGCAGUCACAGGCCAUCGGCCAAUGUGCAAGACGAGUCUACCUCCGAUUUCGACUUAUUGCUGGAAUAUGUGGAGAGCAAAGAACCUCCACUUGAAAUCAAAGAAAUUGUUCCUAAUAACGGAGACGUAAAGGGAGGGUUUACGUUUUAUUUGGAGCUAACGACUCGUUGUAAAGACGAUUUUGAAGUUCAGUUUGGCCAGAACCAUCCGAUCAACGUCCAACGAAUUGACGAGACGCAUUACAAGGGGACGGUUCCAGAGAAUGCAUCGUCUUUAGUAGGUGAGGAGGAAGUAAGGAUUGUAAAUACCUUACAAGACACCAAAAAUGCAGUAACGUUUAGAUAUACCGACGAAAGCCUGAAGGAGAGAAACCAGGUUAAAGAGAAUAUUAAAUAUGAAGUUGAGUUAAGGAAAUAUCAGCCAACGCUAAAAGGGAUUGCAAAGGCGAAUGGACAUGAAGAGCUGGCCUCUCUUUUGGAGAAGAAAUAUUUGAUGUUUGGAGAUAAUGAAAAUGAUAUUGAUGGCAAAGAAGACUGUAAGAAGAUUACCAAAGGUAUAGUGGAAGAUCAGUCCAUUGAGAAAUGGAGCCUCCAAAGUACAGACUCUUUUAAAAGUUUACAAGGUUAUCUGGGAGAUUGGGAGAGCCCCACACCACUUUCAUCUUUACAAGUUUCAGUUGACGAAACUUUCCCAGGAGAUACCGUUGCAGAGCAGCAAGCAUAUCUAGUUUUCAAUGGGAGAGACCAAUCAGCCAUCUGUCAUGAAAAGGGCGAGAUGAGUGAUGAAAACAAGGAAGAUGGGGAAAGCUACACUUCAUUUUCACUUUUACAAGUUUCGUCGGGUGAAGUUUGGCUUGAGGGAAUGUUUGAUGUACAAAAGGCAACUCCAGGACGUCAAGAUAGUAACACAUCAGACAAGUGGCCCUCUGAAGGCGGUGCAAACGCGGGAGAAAGAAGGUCAUCUGAUGUACAGGAUUACACAGUCAAAGAGCCGCAGGAAACACUAGAAUCAAAGAGUCCAGAGAAAUUAGACAGCUAUCACGAAAAAGGUCAAGUACCAUUUGAAAAGAUUUAACCUAUUAAACAAUAUCAUUAGAUAACUAACUUUUCCAGACUUCUUGGCUGGCAGUGCUAGGAAUAUGUUGACGCUAUAUUACAAAAACCAGCCGCGUUGUGGGAUUCAAACACCGCAAUCUUAAGUUCCGUUUUACAACCCUGCCACUUACCUGUGACGUGAAAAAUUUCAAUUUUUAAUCAUUUUUUGGGGAUUAAUUAGGUAAUUAGGUUGACUAUUAAAUACACGACUGAACGGGCAAGGGUCAGUUACAUACACAACACGUUCAUAAUGUCAGCAAAUGUGUUUACUAUCAGCGAAGAAAGUAAAUUCCUACAAAGGAGCGAAAAAAUAAGUUACAAUACAGAAAAAACUACUUUAAGGCGACUGCAUAAUGAAAUAAAA